UUUAAACUUGCCCGCCAACCGAAUGUCAAUAAAGGUAUCUGCUAGCGUUUUCGUUAUCGAAUGUCCACGUGCUUCUUAAAUUUGUUAUUCUUUGAACGCGUUUAUCCGUUUGUAAUGCUUAUAUUUUACGAGUAGCGUGAAAUUUCUUUCUAAAUACUAACAAAAUGCCGGUCGCUGUACAUAAACCCGGACCUUUAAAACAGCAAAACAAGCCUCAUAAAACAGGACAACAUUCAAGCAAGAGGGCAGUUGCGCGGGAGCUCUCAGGACGAGUAGGCGCUAAGGUUGUCCUGAGGAAAAAUAAUCGGACACUUGCCCGUCAUGAACGUCGACAGCAGCUGGCGCAGCUGCGCAAGAACAAACGCCUAGAGGUAGCUGAAAUGAAGCGGCAAAUUGGAGGACUUUCGUCGCCACCGUUCAUUGUCGCCGUUGUACCGGCCCAUGCCUCAGUUGAUCCCCAUAGGUUGGUGGACCAGCUGAAAGGAUGCCAUCCGGAUGUUCAAUUGAAGGACAGCCCUCGUGGGGUUCUUCAUUUGAAUCUUCCACACUUCAAGAAGCGAUACGCAAUCGUAGUGUGUAAUAGGGAAGACGUCUAUGGUACGCUGGAUGCUGUGAAAGUUGCGGAUGUGACUCUUAUCGUUUAUGAUCAUGAGGAAGGCUAUGAUGCUGAAGGAGAUGUACUUCUAUCCACUUUGAUGGCUCAAGGCUUACCUACGGCACUGCACGUCGCUUCUCCUCUAGCCGCGAGAGACGAUCGACAUUUCAAGAAAACCGAUCUUAAAAAAGUGCUUACUAAACAGAUCGAAGACAGAUUUCCUGGAGAGAAAGUUCAUUGUCUACAGAAUGAGACCGACGUCGUGUUACUGCUUCGUCAAGUUGCUGAUAUUAAGAAACGUGUUCUUCAUAUGCGCGGGCAUAGGGCAUGCCUUCUUGCGGAGCAAACCGAUUAUAUUCCGCAUAAUGAAGACGGAUUCGAAGGAACUCUUAAAGUGUCAGGCUACCUGCGUGGAGGCCGGCCAUUAAAUGCCAAUCGCCUUGUACACAUUCCGGGCUUGGGAGAUUUCCAGGUGGAGCUGAUUGAAGCACCUGCAGAUCCAUACACAAUGAACUUUGCGAAGAAUGGAAAGGAUGCGGAGGUUGUGCAAGUUGCCGAUCCUAACAAGCAAGAAACACUAGAGUGUGAGAACCCCAUUGAUGACAUGGAUACCGAACAAACCUUUCCCACGGUGGAGGAGCUGGAGGAAGCAGAAAAGCAAGCAAAAACGAUAAAGAAAAGGGUACCCAAAGGAACCUCGGACUACCAAGCAGCCUGGAUUCUAGACGAUGAGGAUGAUAAAGACCAAGGAGGAAGCGAUGGCGAAGAUAAUGAUAGCGAAGCUGAUAAUGCUAUCGAUGACAAUUGUGAUGAUGGAGACACACCAGAUUCGAGUCAGGCAGAAUUUUUCGACGUCCGUGAAGAGGACUCAGAAGAUAGCAACGAUGAAGAAGAGGACUGGGUAGAUGCAGCCAGCGAUGUAAUGUCUGUCGUGCCCAACGAAGUGUAUGAUAAAAAGAUGGACAUGGAAGAAGAAAAUGAAACACUUAAAAAGUUCCGUUUGCAACGUCAAGAGGAACAGUUUCCUGACGAGAUGGACACUCCUCAAAACGUUAACGCCCGAACGCGGUUUCAGCGGUUCCGUGGUCUUAAAAGUUUUCACUCAUCACCGUGGGAUCCUAAAGAAAAUCUGCCGCGUGACUACGCGCGCAUAUUCCAGUUCAAGAACUUUACGCGAGUGCGCCGUAAGGUCACUCGCAUCAGUGAAGAGGAUUGUGAUGGUGCUCAGCCUGGAACCUAUAUCACGGUUUAUAUUAAGAAUGUACCACGUCGUGUAGACAGACAUCGAUCUCCGCUUAUUGUGUUUGGCCUGUUUGAACACGAACAAAAGAUGUCUGUUCUGAAUGUGACUAUCAAGAGGCAUCAAACAUUCAAUCUACCUAUUCGAAGUAAAGAAAGGCUUAUAUUCCACAUUGGAUUUAGAAGAUUUGCAAACUGUCCAAUUUUCUCUCAACACACAAUGGGAACCAAGCAUAAAUUGGAGCGCUUCUUGCCUGCUGAGGGUGUCUGCGUGGCUUCAAUGUUUGCACCAAUUACCUUCCCUCCAGCUCCGGUUCUAGUCUUUCAAGAAUCGCCGAACGGAGCUCAAAGGCUAGUUGCGACAGGUGUUGUCUUAUCUGCAAAUCCGGAUCGCUGCAUUAUUAAACGAGUCGUCCUUUCUGGUCAUCCGUUCAAAAUCAAUCGAAGACACGCCGUUAUUCGAUAUAUGUUUUUUAAUCGAGAGGACAUUCUUUGGUUUAAACCGAUUGAACUUCGUACCAAAUAUGGCCUCAGAGGACAUAUCAGGGAGCCACUUGGUACUCAUGGACACAUGAAGUGCGUCUUUAAUAAGCAAAUGAAAUCGAUGGACACCGUUCUUAUCAACCUUUACAAGCGGGUUUUUCCGAAAUGGACAUUUGAUCCGCACGUUGAGUCGCCCAAGUUUAUCGAGACAAACCAUAUAGGAGUAGAGUUGACGGCAAAUGACUAUGAACAAGACGACAACAUGGAGUGAAGUGCAAGAAAGACUGUUGUUUUAAAAUACCUUUAGCACUCGAUGGCAUCUUAGGGGAACUCACUUAGAAAUGGUGUAGUAUAUAAUUUUUCUCAGAAAGUUCACACGCUGAUAUUACCAAUCAGCAUCACAACCGAAGAAAAAAAUAUUAGCCCGUAAUCGCUACUAAGGUGCAGAAAUUAUUUUUUCCAUAUGUUUAUUCUAGAUAGUGUUUAUUAAAUGACCUAUAAAGGCAUUACCAUGCAGGAUGUAAGGAAACGGUUUGAUGAUUGGUGCCUUUGCAAACAUUAACAUAUAAUCAGUGCUGAUUUUGUUCAGAAACCACAAAUUUAAUUAAUGUGGCUAUUUGUAAGUUAACACUAAGAUUGUCUAAAGUGAAAUUUUUCACAGACUAUAUUGAGAAUGUGCAGGCAAUGUCUUGUCUGUUUUUGUUAUUUGAGGUCACUAGAUAGCGUUGUGAUUAACCUUAUAAACACAAUUGCUUGGGUAAUAACCAGAUAUCGAUGUGAAGAUUGAAGUGGCGAGCAACUAUAGAAGUGUCAACUCAGAUAUUGCUGAAAAUAUGAAACUACUUUAAUAAAUGAGCGAACGGAAGAAGCUCUGAAAACAGUUGUAUGCUCCAUAUGUUUAUUGGUUUCUGUAAACAUACGUGAAUUUGUUUUUUCCUAUAAUAACCUGCUGAUAUGCUACUCAAAAAGCUGACAGUUACCUAUAUUUGUAGAAAGCGGUAUGAAUCAGCGAUUAAUGCCUACAGACAGAACACACACACACACAAAACUUCUGCUUUUUCGUACGAUAAAAAACUGAAAGUGCUGUUACACCCAUGAACAUUGUGUUCUUACCUUAAAUAUACCUUGGAGGAUGAUGGCUUUUAAUUAAAGAUGGCUUCCUUGGAUAUGUAAUUCCCGUUAAAUAGCAAUAUGCAUAUGAUCUCAUGGUUUAAAUGGAGUAAGCGCUAGUUGAAGCAUUACUGGAAGAAAAAUCUAGUCAACUAGACUUCUAGCUGUAGACUGUCAUGAAGCGCCCUCGAAAAGUGUUUUUGGAUACAACGCUGUUGACGAGAGCAAAACUAUACUGAAACAAACCAAGCAAACACAAAAGUCAGUUGUCAGAUUCACUGGGUGGCUGUCUUUUCGAGGUGGCAAUCCAGGGAGAUGCUUCAGUUUUAAUGACACUAACAGUGAUAGGCUUAAUAAUACAACAAAACUUCGGAAUUUAGAACAAAACUCAAAGAUUGCAAAGGUUUUAAAUAGAUUUGGGUAGACACGCAUUAAAAAGACAUUGUGCUGUUAUUGUGAGAAACAGUGAUUUUAUUCUUAUUGAUCUAUAAAAAAUGGGCUGCGCCACUGUGUCAACAAUAUAUAAAUAAUUCUGCAUGUGUUAAUACCAUCUGUUUCAGGCAUAGAUGGCUGCCGUUCGUUAUGGUUUUAUGACCUACACAUGUGCUACUAUACAUAGUCAGUGCAAAAUUGCUUCCCAUCACCGCCUGUCUGAUCAAUAUUAUCACCAAUAUGGCCGCUCUGCUUUAGUCAUUUGUUUUUUCCGUUUAGGCAUGCAUAUUUUUCCCUUGCUAUGGUUAUUUGAAAUGUUCUUCCGGUCAUAAUAGGAUUCAGGUUUUCAUCAUUUAUACAACAUUUUCACUGUUUUUAACCUUAAGAUCGUGCCCCAUUUGAGCAUAAUCUUCACAAAAUAAAUGAGCACUUGGCCACUUAUUCAAUCAUUUAUUCGCAUACCCAUUAAUUGCUUACGUUCGACAGUCCGUCUGUGCGGUUUACAUUGAUUGUGCAUCGAUUAUUUCAUCGCCUGUCGUUUUUAUCACUUCAGUAUUUAGCAGAACUCUGCGAAGUGGCAAAUCUUAUCCAGGCACCAGCUUAUAUUAAAUGGGCCACUUCCUGCUUUUACUUCAACGGCAAUGUAGAAACGUCUAAAGUUGAAAGCUGUUGCAAGAAUAUAUGGCCGUACUAUAUGGACUGGGCUCUCCUUAACUCUUUGCGGGGUUUGAGUUGGCCUUCACCUUCUGAUGUUUCGGUGACUUCCGUACUUCCGAGUCAACUUAGCCGGCCUACUGAUGUUCUGGGAAAACAACUACUACGUUGACUUUAGUCUUCGACGGUAGCUAGUCUGUUGCGACACUAACGACGGUUUUAAAGUCAAGAGAAAUAGCCUUCCUAUUUUCCUUGUAAUAUUUAUUUAUUUACUGCAGCUAUAUAUGCCUAUAAUAAGAAUUCUUUUAAUUACCAUUACUUCGUUACCAUUACACCUCGUAACCAAUAAACACUUAUGUCACAUACAUAGCUGUGAAAGUGUAUAAGCUCCAGCAUACUAACAGAUUAUAGAAACGGACAGAACAUAUGGAAGUUACCUGUAAUAAAAUGUACAUAACUCUAUGGAGAUAACCUCGAACAACAAAGUAUCUGUAUGUACCAUUUUAGUGUUCACAUUUGCCACAUGCAUUUUUUAUCUUCAAAUCUCCUUUGGUUGUUUAUUGUUUCAUACAUCCGCUUUCCUUAAAUGACUUUAUAGAACCUUUCGUAAUAACGCUGGAAAGCCAUAUACGCUAAAUAUUCAGGUUGAAAAUUAUUUGGUGCAUUUAGGUUCGUUUUACUUGGUUAAAUAAAUGUGGGGCGAUAAAGAGCUAUAUGAACCAACAUGUAGGAACAGGUAACACUUUCCCUCGAAGAACAAAAUUUUUAAUUCGAUGAGAAUCCUAAUGCAAAAACAGCUUACCAUAAAAUAUUGUAUCACCCCAACUACCGUAUACAUACAAAGUUAGCUUAUUUUAGCGACAACAGCUUUGUAGAAUAUAUUGUAUAAAAACAAACUGCAAUUAUUACUGUUGGCCCCUAAUUUAAUUGAACUCCCUUUUCCUACUGGAUAACUUCUGAACAGUCGGAACACAAAUACUACAUCAAAGGUUGUUCUAUGAAGUUGCUAGAUUUUGAAAAGACCUGUGUUAUAUUAUAACAGUCACUACCUAUGAUAGCCAGUAUCGAUAUGUUGCAGCUAGCACUAAACAAUUAAGUUUUAUACAGAAACUCACAUUUCACACAAAAGUCUUCACUGUUUUUUUUUUUCAUAAUUUAAGCAUAAAUUAAAA